UCCUCAUGCCAAAUCAGCCGCUAGGGCUGCAUUCAUCCACCUCGUGCUUAUCGCCUACCCCAACUCCGACUCCUGCUCGUCUCGUCGCUCGCCGCUCGCCGCCUCGUCCAGCUCUCUCCGCCCCUCCGGACUAGCCUAGCCCCUCCCGCUCACCGCGUCGUCUCCAGAAUCUGGCCUACGACCGUUGACGGCUGGUGCCCCCUCCGGCGAUCGGUGGUCAUGGUCCGUCCUUGCUCACCCCGUUCGGAUCCGCUAUGCGCGAGCCUCCCCUUCCCUAAUCACGCGCCCCCCUGCCCCAGCGAUCCGCAGCUGCCGCCCCCUGUCCCACCGAUCCGCGGCUGCCGCCUCCUCCUUCCCCUAAUCACGCCCCCCGGUCCCGUUGAUCCAUAGUUGUCGCCUCCCCCAACCCCUAAUCACGCGCGUCUCGCUCCCGCCGAUCCGCGGAUCGGCUCUGCUCCAACCCUCCUCCGUCCCUGAGAUGCAAGCGAGCACCACGGGGGAUUUCUCCCUUGAGGUGUUGCCUGAGAGGUGCUGCUGACCGAGUAGCAUCAUUGAAGAGUUACUGUCGAGCACUUGGAUUAUGUGAUCGAUGUGCAGAGAAGUGGUUCCAAGGGCACAAGUGUGCCAACACGGUGCAACUUCACACCAUUGAGGAAGUCUAGGAUUUGCUCACCUUGGAUGAAGCUACAGUGGAAGUCAUUGAACCAACAGAGGAACUGAUGAUGGUUGUCGUAUCCCUGUCUAAUGCGGCAUGGUCCGGAUCUGACACAAUAUCAACCAUGAGAUUACAGGGUCAGAUUCAGCAACAUAAUCUCUUGGUUCUUAUUGAUUCAGGGUCUUCACAUACUUUCCUCAAUGACAGUCGUCGACCACUAUUGUUUGGAGUCCAAGAAUUGACAACACUAAUUACAGUUUAGGUUGCUAAUGGCCAAGUUAUUACCUGCUCACACCACCUUCCAGCAGCUCAAUGGACCAUCGGUAUAGCCCGAUGAGAGUGGAUUGGACAAACAUGUGGAUGGUUAUUUCUUACCAGGAAAAUACUAUCUACCUUCAGGGUAUCAGGUCUUCCUUACUAGUGGGAAUGGUGGUGGAAUUAUUGUUACUAUCUGAAACAUCAUUAUCCACAUCUAACUCUAGCAUAGCAGCUGUUGCAGUGGAUUCCAGAGUGCAAGCUGUACUCGACAGUUAUCCUAGCAUUUUCAUCGAUCCAGUGGGACUCCUACCAACCCGCCCGUGUGAUCAUUCAAUUUCAUUGAUCCCCGGUGCCCAGCUGUUCCACAUAAGGCCAUACCGUUACCCUCCAACCCUCAAAGAUGAAAUUGAAACUCAAGUUAAGGAAAUGCUAUCCCAGGGGGUGAUACGAAAGAGCAGCAGCCCCUUUGCAUCUCCAAUUCUCUUGUCAAAAAGAAAGACCACUCAUGGCGAUUCUGUGUAGAUUACCGUUAUUUGAAUGCCACGACGGUGAAGAGUAAAUACCCUAUGCUGAUAUUCGAUCAGUUCUUUGUGCUCAGGCACUAGGCAUGUAGAGGUAUUUUUUGUUGUUAUUUUCUCUUUAUGUGGAUGUGGUUACAAGGCUGUUGACAAAAUAUUACUACUCCAUCGUCCUCCCUCUCACCCAUAAGAUAUUUGAUAUAUUACUUUGUCCAGUCGAUGCAGCUUACAAGGCUGUUGACAAAAUAAUCCAGGUUUGUUGGCACACUUUUAAUCUUUCUUGUACGGGUACACUACUUCUAACAAUGGAAUAUGAAUGUUGUUUUUUGCGCAAAAGUUGCCUGGCUUUUAGCAUCGUUUGAUGGGUGAGGACACACAUCGCCUCCAAAUACUAGAACGCUAGGGAUAUUUGUUCUCUCAAAUAAAGCUUUACCUGUUAUAUUAUAUAAUACUUCCGUAAGAAGAGCUGUUAGUGGCUGGAGUGAAUAGAAUUUGGUUGGUCAGUGCCUCCAAGUUGUUUUAUAGGACUUUCAUAUUUGGUCGGUGCCAGAUUGGGUGAAUAAGCUCUCUAUGAGGUUUCUGAAAGUUGACAGGAAAACAGUUGAUCUUGUCGGUAAUGAGAAACUGAAGGCCAGUGCAUCUGUUAAGCACCUUGCUCUUCCUUGUAACAAGGCAGCAACGGCACAAGUUAUUCCAGACAUUAUCCGAUGUUAUAGCCAUGGAGGUCGAACCAUCAUCUUCACUGAGACGAAGGAUUCUGCAUCAGAGCUUUCUGGUAAUACUGGUGUUGCUGUCAUGCUUUAUGAGCCCAGAUAUAAGCACAGUGUCAGCAGACUAGAAAGGGAGUCUGGGGUUAAAUUUGAGCAUAUCUCUGCGCCACAACCCACUGAUGUAGCACAAUCUGCUGGCAGUGAAGCUGCAGAUGCCAUUGCGAGUGUGUCAGACAGUGUUAUUCCUAUCUUCAGGCAGCAAGCAGAGCAGUUGCUAAGCUCUUCCAGUCUGUCUGCAGCUGACUUGCUUGCCAAAGCACUUGCGAAGGCAGUUGGUUACACGGACAUAAAGAAAAGAUCAUUGUUAUCUUCCUUGGAGGAUUACAGUACACUACAUCUUCAAACUGGCAGACCGAUGUGGUCACCUGGGUUUGCUAUAACAUUCCGGUGAUCGUGUUUCUUCUUCGUCGGGGUCAUAUUUGUUCCCAUUGGUGUUAUCUUCAGUUUGACGUCGGCAACGUGGUCAUGGUGACCGGCGGGAGGAACACCGGGCGUGUAGGAGUGAUCAAGAACUGGGAGAAGCACAAGGGCAUCUUCGAGGUCAUCGACGUGCUGCUUGGAGUUUUUUGCAUGCUAUGUCUAGUUUUCUCCUAUUUGUUGUACAGGAAAACAUAGAAUGGAAUUCAAAUUUGGUGGUCGCAAAAGUGUGGAGACUUGAAUUCAUAUAAAGUUAGGCUUAACAUUAGUGCAAACAAUUGUAUUUUAGUUUAGAUUUAGAGUACACUUAUGUAUGCCUUGUUUGACAAUGCUUAUUUAUGAUAUAUUGAUUGGUACUUAUUUAUAUUAUA